AUACCCAAGUAGUACAGAGAGAAUUAUUUUGAAAAUAAUAAAAAUGGCGGCGCCGACUAAUAAACACGCACGCUCAGAGUCCGGUGAGGAAAAAGAGGACCCUGGUGCAGCUCCGUACGGGAACUUUAUUAAUUAUUACACGUUUAAUCCGCCUGAGAAUCGUCUGAGUUUAAUCCCGAGCAAGCUGCUUGAGGAUGUGGGGUGUCAGCCGGACACAGAGGCCGUGCUGCUGGAUGUGGGCUGUAACUCCGGGGACUUAUCUAUUGCACUGUACAAGCAUCUUCUUCAAGAUCAGGCACCCGGAGAUGAUUCUUCCAAAAAUAUUCAACUACUUGGAUUUGAUCUAGACCAGGACCUAAUCUUUCGGGCUCGAAACUCAAACCCGUUCCCUCAAAACAUUCAGUUUAUCCCUCUUGAUAUCACAAGGGAAGAGAGCCACGCUGAACUCACCUCCUACCUGGAAAAGUUUGGACGCAGUCGCUUUGACUUGUGUUCAUGUUUUGCCGUGACGAUGUGGGUCCACCUGAACCAUGGAGAUGCUGCCUUAUUAACUUUCCUUUCACGGCUCGCCUCUUUGUGCGAGUGCUUGUUGUUAGAGGCGCAGCCGUGGAAAUGUUACCGCUCGGCUGCUCGUCGGUUACGGAAACUUGGACGGAGCAACUUUGACCACUUUAAGACUUUGGAGAUCCGUGGGGAUAUGGCAGCUCAUGCUAAAGAACAUUUAGAAAAGCAAUGUGGAAUGGAGCUGGUGCAGAGUUUCGGGAGUACAUCGUGGGACCGGAGCCUUUUGUUGUUCAAGAGGCGAUGAUGAUGGGACUGAUAAGGGUUAAUGAGGAUGUAACUUAUCUCAGUAUAACCAGUUAUUGUUUUAAGAGUACAUUUCAGGGAGUCAUUGAAGAAUCAGUUUAAUUGAAAAUAAUGAAAUUGCAUUAUCUCUGUUCUGGAAGGUCAAACAUGAGCCCAUUUCAAAACCUGAAGGAAUCACCCUUGCUUCAGUAGACAAUCUUGAGAUGAUAUUUUACCUGCCCUAAUCAGAAAUAUCAUUUUGUGCUCAUCCCAGGACUCUUAUUUACAAUCUUGUCAUACUGGGCAGACUGAUAUACAUAUACUCUAAAAUACAUAUGUUUACUGUUUGCAUUCAUAGUAUACAAUUAUAAAAGAGUGAUUAUUUUAAUCCCACUAUUCCGUGUCGCUCUGAAGAGUCUGGUUCCUCAUGGCUCUCAGGAAACCUCAAAAGAAUCUCAAUCUCCAUCAUUGGUUUCUGUACAAAUGUAGUCUAUUAUUUUCAUUACCAUGUCUAUUAUUAAAAGUUCCAUACAAUAAAAGUGAA